AUGAACUUUAAAAUCUUCACCGUUCUUUUCCUCGCCAUCAAGGCUUUCCCUGGCUACAUGAGCCGACCGUGCCGAGGCUGCAAGACAGAAGUAAUCAGCCAACGAGAAUGCGGAAAACUCUCCCGACAAAUGUUUCUCGAAGCCUUUCAACAAAGCCCGGAAUCCGUGUUCCUUGUCGAAACCCCCUACAAAGAAUGCGCCAACUUCCACCGAUUCAUUCUCAAAAAAAUCGUCGAGGAAAACUGGAACACUCACUACCGACAUCUUCUCCGAUGA